GAAUGGUGGUGGGGCCACCUCGCAUAUAUCGAUGUAUUCUCUGCCGCUAUAGUAGGCAGAUAGUUGACAAUACUGCAUUAGCAUCUACCAUAGCUUCAAAUUCAACAGAAGUUAGAUACUCCAACUACUCGAGGAUAUCGAUAUGUGAGCCUGGCGCAAAGCUUCACGAACGAAAUUUAGAACACAAAAUCAGCCAAGUCACAACCUCCCAACUCCCCCUCCCCCAAUCACCAUGUCCUACCCCGUCUAUCUCGUUUCCUCCUCCGGCCUCCCCAGAGACCACCACAGUAUUUUCAUCGAAACCAAUCUGCAUGGUCCUCGUACCGGACAUCUAUACCACGUGACCGGUAACAUCCAAACCGGCAUGAUGCAUUCGCAUCGCGCAAGUCUCACAGCCCCUGAAGAAGCACCCGAUUUUGGCGGGGUGAAAAAACUCCUCGGUAUUGUGAGAGUGGAAAAAUACGAACUGGUGCGUGAAAUUGUGGAUGCGAUUCCGGCGCCCGGGAAACAGUUCGAGGGGCCCAGAAGGUUGGAUAUGCGGGUGCCGUUGAGGAGAUGUCAGGAGUGGGUUCGGGAGGCGGUUGAUGCUUUGAGAGAGGCGAGGGUGUUGGAGUCGGUUGAGAGUGAAGAGUAAAGAGUAAAGGAAUGGAGAGUGAAGUCUUCUGGACCAUGGUGAAAUGUGUUGACUCUUCUCUUCGUGUAAUAGUAGUACCUUGCUAGAUGACAUAUUAUUCGAAUAGACAAUAGCAGCAGUCAAUCAACUCCAAUACAAAAAAACUAACA